AUGCUGAAAUAUGGGUCCAAUCAAAGUCAAGCUGGUCACACUUUGUUUGUGAAACACUCCUCACAUGGUAAGACCACAACUCUUAUUGUCUAUGUUGAUGAUAUUGUUCUGACAAGAGAUGAUGUUGAGGAGAUUCCUCAAACUGGAAUGCUUGGAGGUAGACCAUGUGAGACACCUCUAGAAUCGAGCCAGAAACUGAGUGGGGAUCAAGAGGGAGAUCCAGCGGAUAGGGGGAGAUACCAGAGACUAGUGGAAAAGCUUAUAUACUUAUCCCACUCACGUUCAGACAUUGUUAUUGCAGUGAGUAUGGUGAAUCAGUUUAUGCAUGCUUCGAGAACUUCUCACUUAGAGGCAGUUAUGAGAAUUCUGAGAUACUUGAAAUCUUCUCUUGGAAAUGGUCUCUAUUUCUCAAAACAUGGCCAUCUCAGUGUGGAGGCAUUUAUUGAUGCAGAUUGGGCUGGAUCCGUCACUGACAGACGAUCAACUUCCGGAUAUUGCACAUUUGUUGGUGGCAACCUAGUCACAUAG